AUGAUGUUAUCAGCGUCACCAGCAGCAGUGACAAGGAGCUCUCUGGAGGAGAUGCUGGACUCGCUGCGGCGACGAGAUGAUGCCUUGGAGAAGUCCAAGGACCUGCCUCCUGCUUUGCCAGCACGGCCUACUUCUAGGGCACGGCUUCCCUCGGCACGCCACUCACUGCCUACAGACUUUAAAGUUGGUUCCACUGGACAAGUGGAGAGCAAAAUGGAGACAAGAGUUAGUAGAGCGAAGGAGGAUACAAAAAGAAAGGAGAAGGAGUUGGGGUACAAAUCAGGGAGUUUUGGAAGCAAGAAAAUGAGGAAAGAUCAAAAUUGUGUGGAUUCUAAUCCAUAUGUAGAAGAGAAUAAUGAGAAAGUGGGGCCAGUUGUGAGUUCAGCACCAAAGGGGAAAGAGCCAGAGUGGGAUGAUAACAUUGGUUAUUUUAUCAAGAAGAGACUACGUGUUUGGUGUCAGCUCUCAAAUGGGCAAUGGGGGUUAGGAAAGAUACAGUCAACUUUGGGGGAUGAAGCAACUGUUUCUCUUUCAUCAGGAACUGUUGUCAAAGUGUCUACAGCAGAACUCUUACCUGCAAACCCCGAUAUCCUUGAGGGUGUGGAUGAUCUUAUACAGCUUAGUUAUUUAAAUGAACCUUCAGUGCUUCACAAUAUUAAGCACAGAUAUGCUCAGGAUCUGAUUUAUAGUAAAGCAGGGCCAGUUUUGAUUGCUGUCAAUCCCUUCAAAGAUAUUCCAAUUUAUGGAAACGAAAUCCUCACUUCUUACAAGCAGAAGGCUAUGGACAGCCCUCAUGUUUAUACUAUAGCCGAUGCUGCUUACAAUGAGAUGAUGAGAGAUACUUCUGUUGCUUUGAAGACUCACUUUCAGUAUUUAACCUACAGUGGUGAAAGUGGAGCUGGUAAAACUGAGACAGCAAAGUAUGCUAUGCAGUACUUGGCUGCUCUUAGUUGUGGUAAUGAUGGUAUGGAGUAUGAAAUCCUUCAGACAAAUUGUAUACUUGAAGCAUUUGGGAAUGCGAAAACAUCCAGGAAUGACAAUUCUAGUAGAUUUGGAAAGUUGAUUGAAAUUCAUUUUACCUCAUCAGGAAAGAUUCGUGGUGCUAAAAUACAAACUUUUCUACUAGAAAAGUCGAGAGUAGUUCAGCUUGCCAGUGGUGAAAGAUCAUACCAUAUCUUCUAUCAACUUUGUGCUGGUGCUCCAAGAACUCUUAGAGAUAGACUGAACCUUAAAAUGGCUAGCGAGUACAAGUAUCUUGACCAAAGUGAGUGCUUGGUAAUUAAUGGUGUUGAUGAUGGCAAGAAGUUUCAUAAGCUUGUGGAUGCCUUGGACGUUGUUCAAAUUCACAAAGAAGAUCAAGAGCAGGCAUUUGCGAUGCUUGCUGCAGUAUUGUGGCUUGGAAACAUAUCAUUUCAAGUAGUUGACAAUGAAAAUCAUGUAGAAGUAUUGGCUAAUGAAGCUGUAAAUAAUGCUGCCAGGCUAAUAAAGUGCAGUGCCCAGGACUUGAUGCUAGCUUUAUCAACCCAUAAAAUCCAAGCUGGAAAGGAUAGUAUUGCUAAAAAAUUGACAAUGCAGCAGGCUAUUGAUAGAAGAGAUGCCUUAUCAAAGUUUAUCUAUGCAAGCCUGUUCGAGUGGCUCGUGGUACGAAUAAACAAGUCAUUUGAAGUGGGUGAACUGAGUACUGGGAGAUCCAUAAGCAUACUUGACAUUUAUGGAUUCGAGUCAUUUAAGAAUAAUAGCUUUGAACAAUUUUGCAUAAAUUAUGCAAAUGAGAGGUUGCAGCAACAUUUCAACCGGCAUCUAUUUAAACUUGAGCAGGAGGAGUAUGAAGAGGAUGGGAUUGAUUGGAGUAAAGUUGAUUUUGAAGAUAACCAAGAGUGCUUGAAUCUCUUUGAGAAGAAACCUUUAGGCUUACUGUCUUUAUUGGAUGAGGAAUCGAAUUUCCCCAAUGCUACUGAUUUGACCUUUGCCAAUAAACUUAAGCAAUACUUGAAUGAUAAUCCUUACUUUAAAGGUGAAAGAGGCAGGUCUUUUGGUGUUCGUCAUUAUGCUGGAGAGGUUGUAUAUGAUACAAAUGGCUUUCUGGAAAAGAAUCGAGAUCCAGUGCACUCUGAUUUCAUCCAACUGCUAUCAUCAUGCAGUUGCCAAUUACCAAAAUUAGCAAGUCCAUCCUGUCAAUUUGGCGGAUUGGAAUCCUCAAUGCAAAGUGUUGGUACAAAGUUCAAGAGUCAACUCUUCAAACUAAUGCACCAGUUGGAGAAAACCACACCUCACUUCAUUCGCUGCAUAAAACCAAAUGCUAAGCAGUUUCCUGGCCGGUAUGAAGAUGAUCUUGUCUCACAGCAAUUCCGAUGUUGUGGAGUUUUGGAGGUUGUAAGGAUAUCAAGAUCCGGAUAUCCUACUCGAAUGACGCAUCAAGAAUUUGCAGGAAGGUAUGGUUUCCUGCUCACGGAGACAAAUGUAUCUCGGGAUCCAUUAAGCAUGUCAGUUGCUGUUCUAAAAAAAUUUAAUGUCCUCCCCGAAAUGUAUCAAGUUGGUUACACCAAAGUGUAUCUUCGAAUGGGCCAGAUUGGGAGAUUGGAAGAGCAGAGAAAACAAUUUCUGCAAGGUAUUAUUGGGGUUCAAAAAUACUUCCGUGGUGGCCAGGCCCGUCGACAUUUCCAUGAACUCAGACAAGGAGUGAUGAUAUUACAAUCUUUUGUCCGUGGUGAAAACACAAGAAAGAAAUGCAAUCACAUGAUGAAGAGGUGCACAGCUAGUGCUGCCCUAGCAGUUGACAAUCAGCUAGUGGCAGUUGUAUAUUUACAAUCUGUAAUUCGUGGGUGGUUGGCUCGAAAGCAGUUUGACGAUAAGCAUAAAAUGAAGCAGUUAACUUAUGAGAAUUCAAAUUCCAAAAGAAAGACAGGAAAGAAGAUUUCAGAAGUGAAGGUCAUACCACAAGAGCAGGUUGACAUUCAGACUUCAAUUUUGGCAGAGCUCCAAAAAAGGGUUGCUAAAGCAGAAGCAACAAUUGUGCAAAAGGAGGAGGAAAAUGCUGCACUGCAAGAGCAAUUACAACAGUACGAGAAAAGAUGGUCGGAUUAUGAGGCAAAGAUGAAAGCAAUGGAAGAGAUGUGGCAAAUGCAGAUGGCAUCAUUGCAAACAAGUCUUGCUGCUGCCAGAAAGAGUCUUGCUACUGAUAACACUGUAGGCCAACCUGGAAAACUUGAUUCUUCAACAUCACCUUGCUAUUAUGAUUCUGAAGAUAAUGUUUCUCCGGAAUCUCGAACACCUGGUGGAAACACACCCAACAUAUUUGCUAACGCCUUACCUGAUUUAAGAGUGGGGAGAGAGAAUAAUGGCCCUGUACAAGUAGUCAACAAUCUUGCAAAGGAAUUUGAUCUACAGAGACAAAGUUUUGAUGAUGAUGCCAAAUCAAUAGUUGGGGUCAGGGCUGGACAAUCAGCUUCCAACAUGAAUCCUGAUGAAGAGCUUCGAAGAUUGAAACUUAGGUUUGAGACAUGGAAGAAAGGCUAUAAGGUUAGAUUACGGGAUGCAAAGACAAGGCUUCACAAACUUGGUCAUGGAGAAGUUGAUAGAAAUCGUCGAAAAUGGUGGAGAAGAUAG